AUCCGGUAAUAUUUACAGAUAAGAUUUGUUUUUUUUAGCAAAGAGCAUAAUUUGUAGAACCAAGAAAAAAUUAAAAUUUACUAACUGAUUUUGCAUUUGAACAAUUUCUUUGCAAUCAUGAAUUUAAUUACAUCAAUAAAAUUGUACGUAGAAAAAAUGUGUAACGAAUCAGGACCGGGAAUGAAGACUAUAUUGCUGGACAAAGAUACGACAAGUAUAAUAUCAAUGGCUUUUAGUCAAUCGGACAUGCUGCAACGUGAGGUAUAUUUAUUUGAACGUCUUGAUUCGGGUCGUUCUAAUGAGCGCAUGAAAAAUCUUAAAUGCAUAGUAUUUAUCAGGCCUACCAAACAAAAUAUACAGCUGUUAGCCGAUGAACUUCGAAGCCCUAAAUAUGGAGCAUAUUUCAUUUAUUUCAGCAACAUCAUUCCACGGACGGAUAUUAAAUAUCUGGCAGAAUGCGAUGAAAGUGAGUCAGUGCGCGAAGUGAAAGAAGUGUACGCAGAUUAUCUUUGUGUCAAUCCAAAUUUGUUUUCACUCAACAUAAACUGCAGUAUGCAUCGUCUAAAUUGGUUGCCUGACGCGCUGGGACGCACAGUGCAAGGGGUACUGGCUGUAUUAUUAUCACUUAAGCUCAAUCCGGUUAUACGGUACCGUGCCGGUUCAGCCGUAUCGCAAACAUUGGCAAAACAAAUAUUUGAGCAAAUUUGCAAAGAGUCGAGUCUUUUUGAUUUUUCACGAACAUAUGAGAAUGGUGCAGCACCACCAUUACUGCUUAUAUUGGAUCGUCGAGACGAUCCGGUUACGCCCUUAUUACAUCAAUGGACGUAUCAAGCAAUGGUACAUGAACUAUUGAAUAUUCAUAACAAUCGUGUUGAUCUCUCCAACAUACCUGGUAUACCGAAAGAUUAUAAGGAGCUAGUUUUAUCAGGUGAUCAAGACGAAUUCUACGGCAAUAAUAUGUAUGCAAAUUUCGGUGAAAUCGGUUCGACAAUCAAAAACUUAAUGGAGGAGUUUCAGCGUAAAGCUAAGGAUCAGAAAAAGGUGGAAAGCAUAGCUGACAUGAAGAAUUUCAUUGAGACAUAUCCCCAGUUUAAGAAAAUGUCUGGAACGGUACAGAAACAUCUAUGCAUAAUCGGUGAAUUGUCGGCCCUUACCGCUAAACGAAAUCUUUUCGAAGUAUCUGAAUUGGAACAAGAAGUUGCCUGUAAAGCAGAGCAUUCGGCACAGUUGCAGCGCAUACGAAAAAUUAUAGCCGAUGAACGCAUCUUAGUGGAUGAUGCUAUCAAAUUAGUGGCACUCUAUGCGUUACGUUAUGAACGACACGCCAAUUGUGAUACAUCUAGCUUAUUGCAAAUUAUUAAAACACGUGGUGGAAAAACAGCUAUAGUUCCUAGUUUAAUUGAAUAUGCUGGUACGCAUAUGAGGCAGGGAGAAAUAUUCAACUUAGUGCGCAUAUCCGAUGCAGUUAAACUGACCCGCAAUUUAAUUAAGGGUUUAAAGGGCGUGGAGAACGUUUUCACACAACAUACACCGCUACUCAAAGAAACAUUGGAGGAGGUUUUCAAGGGUCGUGAACUAGACCCCAUGUACCCAGCGAUCAACUCUGAGCUUGUUCCAUUUCGUCGUCCACCGCAAGAGGUGGUCGUGUUCAUGAUUGGUGGUGCGACAUAUGAAGAAGCACUUGCUGUACAUCAGCUUAAUAAUGCCGGUUAUAAAGUGGUAUUGGGUGGCACUACUAUACACAAUUCAGAGAGUUUCAUAAAUGAGGUGUUGAACGCCACUGAUGGCAUACAAUUCAAACAUACAAAAACAAUGUUGAAAUACAUUUCCAGUGAUAACUAUUAGUUAUGCCCUGUGUCUUUCCAACAGGCUGUAUAUACUUGUGUUUUAUGUCUGUAUAACCAAAUAUAAAUAUGUAUUUAUUAAUUCUAUAAUAUUCUUACACCUACA